AUGCGCUAUUCCAUCUCUGUCAUUCUUCCUUUGCUUGUUCAGAGUUUGCAUGCAUUUCCAAUCAACCAGCUUAGAUUUCGUGGGCUGUCUUAUCCGCAGGCUUUCCCCCCUUCUAUACCAGAAGGAAGUAUAUGUUUCUUCACCCUGAACGAUGCGUCUAUGAGGAAUCUAAACAACUCAAAGUUGACAGGCGCGGAUAUACAGCUUCAUGGGAAAAAGGAAUUUGUGUGCGCUCUCAAAGCAGACCAGUCAGGGUUCAAAGGACCCUCAAACCGACUGUGUGUCCUUAAGGCUGAGGAAGAGAAAUUCAAUGAACUUGAAAAGAUUGAAUCUAUAGAAGAUGAAACAAGUCUUAGAACUGUGAUUGUUCAUCCAGGAGACAAGAUAUGGAUUUCUGCUGAAACUCUAGCAAGAGAGGACCUUUUUGAAAUAAUGUGUCUUCCAUUUGACGAAGGCAACAAAAUUUGUGAUGCCAAAUUGGAAAUUUCGACAGAAAAAUGGAAUAUCGUUGACAAGAUGCCAUUGCUCGCAGAUUUAACUCAUUAUACUCCGCCCCCCCGGAAUUACACAUGA